AUUAUUUAAAUGUAUCUAUAAAUAUUGCAAACACUAAAUUUCUAAUGUCUAAAUGUAUUAUGUCUGGUCUAUAAGUAUUAGUUUUUUUUUUAUAAAUGUUCUAUUUAUUUCAUACUGUGAAUAAGUUUUGUUAAAAUGGAAAGUAGCAAUGAAUCUCUUUCAGUUAUGAGUUCAGCACUGGGCAGCUCCUCCGGGGUUCUGCUUACUCCUGGCCGGACGAGGAACAUCGCACAAGACAUGGAAGCACUUAGGCUUUCGAGACAAGACAACCCCUACUUACAGCAAGUGAUGGCGAGCAGAGAAAGUCUAAUUGAUAGUCACGCAGAGGAUUGCGGAUCUGAUGAUACAAUUUUAAUGUCACAGGAAUUUGGCAGCACAGCCUUAGAUUUUGUGGAGGAAGACCCACUGACAUUAAAAGAGGUUCACGAGCAUAUGAUCAGAUCUCCGCCUCCUACAAGCUGCUGGCCGCAUGGGGCGGAGUCGCGGCGCGCGGCCAGCGCCUUCGAGUUCACGGCGGGCGGGGGCGGGGGCGGAGGCGCCGCGUCUGUGUACAGAGCGCGCGCGCUGUUGCAGGACGUGGGCGAGGGCGUGGGCGUGGGCGUGGGCGAGGGCGAGGGCGUGUGGUGGUGCGGCGGGGCGAGGUCCCCCCGACGCGCCUCGCGGCCGCGCUCCUCGCGCUCGGCCUCGCCGCGCGACACGGACACGCCGCUGUGUGCGCGCCCGCUCUCGCUGCCGGGGGAAAGCCAUCUUAAAAUAUCAUCAGGCAAGAAGUCCGGAGUGCAACAGGGAGAACGGUUUUCGGUGUUACAGCCGACGCUCCCACUUCGGCGCGCACACGUCGCCCGCCGCGGCGAGGACAGUGAGAGGCUAGUGCCGCGCCGCGACCACUGAGCGGCGCCGCGACCACUGAGCGGCGCCGCGACCACUGAGCGGCGCCGCGACCACUGAGCGGCGCCGCGACCACUGAGCGGCGCCGCGACCACUGAGCGGCGCCGCGACCACUGAGCGGCGCCGCGACCACUGAGCGGCGCCGCGACCACUGAGCAGCGUCGCUUUUGAAAAUGUGAGGCACAGGUCGAGAAUUUGUCGCGAUGACAAGUAAUGUAAACCUGUCGAUCUCGCAAUCGGCUGGCGGUCAAUGUGACAACACGAUUUCAAUAUGAACCA